AGCAUCAUAAACAUCCACCAACACCUCUAUCCACCAUUUCCCUUCCGGUGUCUUCUUGGCACUAGUAAUACGAAAUAUUAUUCAUUACACAGCACGCGAAUUAUUUGAAUUAUUUCCUCUGCCCCAUCAUCCUUUUCUACAUGCACAUGCAUGUUAUAUUUCAUACAUCAUCGUAUCCCUCUAGCCAAGAGUUCUUGGCCCGCCAUCUCUCUUCUUCUUCGCACCUUUGCCCUCAAUACAAAUACACCCCGCCCUCCUCCUUUGCCUUUCCUUAUCUCCAUCAUUCCAUCCCUAACGCUCUUAACCACAUCGGCACCAUGUCGACUGCAACCAUUGCCACCACGACAACUUGUCCCACAGCCAUCGCAACAACCGCGCCCCGAGCACAGACAUCCCCUGCACACCCAUAUCAUCUCGAAUGCUCCAUCUCUAUGGAUCUAGAAAACUAUCCCCUCGCAAUUGUGCCCCUCCAGCAUCUCGGGGCUGUCACCCAUGCAGCCACGGCCUAUCUCUUCUCCGCCAUCUGGACCCUCACUCAGUCAGUUGCCUGGGUCAUGGUCGUCCAGGGUCUAAACUGGAUCCAGACACUCGGCCCUAUGAUCCUGCACUGGGACAGCUUCCUCCUCGGAGCCAUCUUCCUCACCAUGGACAUCAGCCUCGACGCCCUCGAUAAUCACCUCUACCUGCUUAAUCUACAGCACCAGCCAUAUCAGCCAGCACAAACACAUCGAUCCAAAGCAACAGCAUCCUCAGCAUCAAGUUCAAAACCUGCUUCAGCCUCUAUGACUACCAUCAGCAAAAAGGUCACCUUUCACGAGCAGGUCAUGGUCCUUGGCGCAGCUGCUCAGCGUGGCCCAGUCCUCCCGCUCAUCUACACAGCCCACGAUAGCAGUCGAAUCGAUCCUUCUGUACCACUCUCGGAAUCACCCACCCGUUUAUCAUUCUAUCAAGCUCAGCCUAACCAAGAAAAAAGACUUUUGGAUUCUUCAGUAUUGCUUGUCAAGAUGCAGCGGGAAGAGGCUGAGUACCAUCGAUCGAAAUCCCCUGGCGCAUCCGUGAUACCCAUGGUGCCCAUGGUCUUCGAGUCUCCCUCGUCCUCUCGAUCCAGCUCCUGCCGAUCUAGUAUCUGCAGCGUAUCCAGCGACAACAGCGACAUCAGCGACAAGGAGGCAAAGUCCUCUCGCUCAGCAUCUGCAAGACUGGCGGCACUCUUUCAUCCACAUGGCCAUCAACAACAACAGCGUGCCUCUGCGCAGCAUAUCGAUAACGCUCAUACAACAGUGGUUCAGUCCGCGGACAAGAAGGGCCAUGGAGGCAAGGCCUUUGUCCACCGGAUCAUACACCCUCGCAAGCACAAAAGAGAGCUCGAGCAGCAGCCAGAGCAACUAGAAUAUGCGAACGACGGCGAGUAUCAGCCCGACAUGCAUGCUCGAAAAAACCUCAUCCAACGACUCGGACUCAAGAAGAGCAAGUAGUUGUGAUGUACUCUAUACCCCAUUCCUCAACUGGAGGCGCCCCAACCUGUAUUUUUACUCAUGUACCAUAGUUCAUCAAGAAUAAUAAAAACGCAUUCGUAUGAAAUCUCAACAGCAACGGCGCCUGAACACGAGAGGGAUAAGUUGUUCUUCCCGACAUU